AUGGCGGACCGCACUUACCGGCAGCUGAUUCCGUCCUUGAUACGGCAAACGAAACCUCGAUUCUGCCAUGCACAUAUCCGGCAGACACAACGACGACAAGUAGCUACAGCAGCAGCGGCUGUAGAGGCCGAUAACAACGUCCCUCCCCAAUGGCAGCCACAUGAUCUCCCUGUCGUCAGUCGAUCUGACCCUCGAUCUCGACUCGACCGUCUUCGUAACGAACCCGAGCCACGCUCGUUCUCUUCUUUCCUCACAGACAACUAUGCUCGCCACCACAACUACCUCCGAAUAUCGGUCACAGAACGGUGUAAUCUACGAUGUCUGUACUGCAUGCCCGAGGAGGGCAUCGAACUGUCUCCGCAAGCCAAGCUCCUCACGACACCUGAGAUAGUAUACCUGUCGUCAAUCUUCGUCAACCAAGGCGUCGACAAGAUACGGCUGACUGGUGGAGAACCUACGGUACGGAAAGACAUCGUGGACUUGAUGCAGCAAAUUGGGCAGUUAAGACGCAACGGAUUGAAAGAGCUAUGUAUAACAACCAACGGCAUUUCUUUGCACCGGAAACUGGACGCUAUGGUCGAGUCUGGUCUGACUGCUGUCAACCUCAGUCUCGACACUCUGGAUCCGUACCGGUUCACGCUGAUGACCCGCCGGAAUGGGCACGAAGCGGUCAUGAAGUCCGUCAACCGGAUCCUCGAAAUGAACCGACUCGGGGCCGGCAUCAAGCUCAAGAUCAACUGUGUGGUCAUGCGUGGAAUCAAUGAACGCGAGAUCAUUCCCUUCGUCGAGAUGGGCAAAGAACAGGACCUUGAAGUCCGCUUCAUUGAGUACAUGCCGUUCGACGGCAACAAAUGGUCCGAGAAGAAGAUGCUUCCAUAUCAGGAAAUGCUAGCAAUGAUCAGGGAGAAAUAUCCUAUGGUUGGACAGAUUAAAGGUCACCCGAACGACACAAGCAAGACUUACAAGGUGCCUGGCUUCGUUGGUCGGAUAGGCUUCAUCACGAGCAUGACCGACAAUUUCUGCGGCACCUGCAACAGGUUACGCAUCACAAGCGAUGGCAACCUCAAAGUCUGUUUGUUCGGCAAUGCUGAAGUCUCGUUGCGUGACGUUCUCCGAGAAGCGAACAGCGGCCUUCCAAUCGACCAGGAAGCAAUGGAGGCUAUAAAGCAGGUCGAGAUGGAUCGGCGACAGGGCCUGCCAGGAGGUACAGGCGCGCUGGGAUUCUCGCAAAGAGAGGCCAAGUUGCUUGACAUAAUAGGAAUGGCAGUCAAGCGGAAAAAGGAGAAGCACGCUGGCAUGGGUGAGCUGGAGCACAUGGAGAAUCGACCCAUGAUCUUAAUCGAUCAGUUGCCACAUUUCUAUCAGACACCCUUGUUGCAGUCACGCGUUCCGAGUUCGGUCAGCCCACGGCGCGCAGCAUCAUGGCCGCCGCUUCACCUCCUCUCAACAUCGACUAACUCUUCGCAAUCACAAGUCCGAUCGUUCUCAACCACUUCUAUCAACGGCUCAACUACCAAGCACCCUACGGCCGAGUGCAAACCCACCUCAUCAGUAUCAAUCCCCUCUGCUACUUGGGAUUCAUCAUCUGCGAUCUCAUCUCCCAUCGCGCCGGAAGCUGCCUCGUCUAUCCAACCACUCCCCCUAACGCACCUGACCCCCUCAGGCGCAGCACACAUGGUCUCCAUCACCACCAAAACCCCCUCUCUCCGCAGCGCCACCGCAACUACGACCCUCGUCUUCUCCUCACCCACCACUCACCCGUCUCUCGUCCACGCCACCUUGUCCAAAGGCGAUGCCCUUGCCGUUGCGCGCAUUGCCGGCAUCCAGGCUGCGAAGCUGACCUCCACGCUGAUUCCGCUGGCACAUCCUGGCUUGCCCCUGGGUGGGGUUGAGGUUGGGAUUGAGGUGUUUGCUCCUGGCUCCACAGACGACGAAGCUGGUGGUGAUGGAGCUAAGCAGUACGGACAUGGCGCAGCGCGUAUCACAGCGACCGUCGCUGUGGAGGGCAAGACUGGCGUGGAGAUGGAGGCGCUCGUCGCGGCCAACGUGGCCGGGCUGGCGCUGUAUGAUAUGCUCAAAGGGGUGGAUAAGGGGAUGUUGCUGACUGGGGGAAGGGUUUCGAGGAAGAGGGGUGGGAAGAGCGGUGGAUGGCAUUGGGAUGCGAGGACGGGGAGGGUGGUGAGAGAUGAUGAAGAGGCGAAGGCGCCUGGCGAGUCAUAG